UUGACUGAUGAAAUAAGCAGCCAAUUGUUAAACUGCAAAAUGGGGCAACGAUAGACCAAUGAGAUGAUGAAGGGCGGAUAUAUCACGUGGACGCGUUGGUAAAGCAGAGAUGAAGAAAUGGAACUGGCGUGAGAAAGGCAGGGACCGCAGGCGAAACGGUCACCGUUCCGACUGGCACAGGGACAACAGACACCGAACCCAAGAACAAAGGUAUAGCGGUAGUGACGCAGGUCCCUCUCACAGAGACCCUCCGAGCGAUUCUCACGCUGAUGGGUCCUCUUCAUCUUCUUCCUCUUCAGCUCCAGAGCUGCCGGGGUUCUACUUCGACCAGGAGAAGAACAGGUACUUUCGCUUGUUGCCUGGACACAACAACUGCAACCCUCUAACCAGAGAGCUGCUGCAGGAGAGGGAGAUGGAGAAGCAAAGAUCCAGGCUGCUCACUGAGGACGAGAAGCCCAGGAAGAAAGCACCAAGGUCAGGCCUCAACUCUGCGUUGCUGUUGCAGAAAAGACACCUAGGGUUGCUACCUGGAAGCUCCUAUUGUAGGUUGAUCCACGAGGUGAAGGUGAGUGGGAUGAGGCGACACAGGCUGGAGGUCCAGAGCUCAGACACCAACAGCCCCAACACGGACAACUUCAGACUCAUAGUGGGGGACUCAGCGUGUGAGCGGGUGUUCACGGUCAACGACGUGUCCCAUGGAGGCUGCAAGUACGGCAUCAUGAACUUCCAGGGCUGCAACCGUGGCUCUCUGUCUGUGGAGAUGUGUGACAACCUGUACUUCACCAACCGCAAGGUGAACUCCAUCUGCUGGGCAUCUGUCACCCACUCAGACUCGCAUGUCCUGCUGUGUCUGGUGGGUAUGGCGGAGACCCCUGGCUGUGUCAGCCUGCUACCUGCGUCUCUCUUCAGCAACUCCAACCCAGACCAGCCAGGGAUGCUGUGCAGCUUUAAGAUCUCCACAGCCUGGUCCUGUGCCUGGUGUCUCAACCCCCAGGCAGACAAGACCUUCAGCACAGGCCUCUCUCGUCGUGUCAUCGUAACGGAUGCUGUGACAGGCCGGAGGCAGACAUACGGCAUCAGCAGUGACGUGCUGGCUCAGCAGUUCGCUCUCAGGGCCCCGGUGCUGUUUAACGGCUGCCGCUCCGGGGAGAUCUUCAGCAUCGACCUGCGCCAGCGCGGCAGGAGGGACCACAGCUGGAAGGCCAGCCGCUUCCACCAGGACUCAGCCAUCACCUCCGUACGCCUGCUGCAGGAUGAGAACUACCUGCUGGCUGCAGACAUGCUGGGCCAGAUCAAGAUGUGGGACGUUCGUGUGACCCGGCCGGUGCAGCAGUAUAAGGGUCAUCAUAACGAACACGCCUACCUGCCCCUCCACGUCAACGAGCCUGAGGGGCUGCUGCUGGCAGUGGGUCAGGACUGCUACACGCGUGUGUGGAGCCUGGGGGACGGCCAGCUGUUACGGACCAUCCCGUCCCCCCACCCAGCGGGGAAGGACCUGAUCCCCAGCGUGGUGUUCUCCUCCCAGCUGGGGGGCCGCAGGGGCCUCCCCGGCCUCCUCAUGGCCGUCAGACACGACCUCUACUACUUCCCCUACAACAGCGACUACCAGGAGGGGGGCGAGGGACGAGGCGAGGGGCGGGCCUCCGUGGCUGCAGAGGCUGUCUGUUAGAGCCGGGGGCCCUGGUCUGAACCAGGUGUCACUGUCUUCUCUGGGAGAUUCAAGGAGGAAGAUGGGUCUAACGGAA